GCACAGCAGCGGGUGCAGCCGCCGCCGCCGGAGCCGCAGCAGCAGCAGGAAGAGGCGCCGCCGCCGCCGGAGCCGCCUUGGUCGCCCGCUCGCUCGCCCGCCCCGAGCCGCCGCCGCCUCCCGCCGUCAGCCCAGCCCAGCCCCGCUCCCUCCGCUCCGCGCCCGGCGGGAAGAUGGUGGACCGCGAGCAGCUGGUGCAGAAGGCCCGGCUGGCCGAGCAAGCCGAGCGCUACGAUGACAUGGCGGCCGCCAUGAAGAACGUGACAGAGCUGAAUGAGCCACUGUCUAAUGAAGAAAGGAACCUGUUGUCUGUGGCCUAUAAAAAUGUAGUGGGAGCACGGCGCUCUUCCUGGCGUGUAAUCAGUAGCAUUGAGCAGAAGACAUCUGCUGAUGGUAACGAAAAGAAGAUAGAAAUGGUACGGGCCUACCGUGAGAAAAUAGAGAAGGAAUUGGAAGCUGUAUGCCAAGAUGUGCUGAGCCUGCUGGACAACUAUCUGAUCAAGAACUGCAGUGAGACACAGUAUGAAAGUAAAGUCUUUUACCUGAAGAUGAAGGGGGACUAUUAUCGCUACCUGGCUGAGGUGGCCACAGGUGAGAAGAGGGCGACUGUGGUAGAGUCUUCGGAGAAAGCCUAUAGUGAAGCCCAUGAGAUCAGCAAGGAGCACAUGCAGCCAACUCAUCCCAUCAGGCUUGGCCUGGCACUUAACUACUCAGUUUUCUACUACGAGAUCCAGAAUGCUCCCGAGCAGGCGUGCCACCUGGCCAAGACAGCGUUUGAUGAUGCCAUUGCAGAGCUGGACACCCUCAACGAGGAUUCCUACAAAGACUCAACGCUCAUCAUGCAGCUCCUUCGUGACAACCUAACGCUCUGGACAAGUGAUCAGCAAGACGACGAUGGUGGAGAAGGCAACAAUUAGACCCCCAAAUGGACUGGCAGCCGCACGCUGAUGCUACUACUGCAGUCUUUAUUUUUUUCCCACAAGUGGGGGGGGUCAGGGGUGGGGGAGGGGAAGGGAGGGAUGACCUUCCCAGGGAGGCCCCCACGACCUGUCUUUGAUUGCCUCUUUGACAUUUUUGCCAAAACACCACUAGUGGAAGUCGGGCUGGCUGUGCUGGUAUGGAAUGGCAGCCUCACACUGGCAUAUGGACUGUUCUGUAGAUUAUUAAUACAAGUGGAGCUGUCUUUAAUUUAACUUUAUUGCUAGAAAUAAAAGGGUUUUAAGAUGAAAUAACUUGAAUGGAAUGGCCCUCAUUUUUUAAAAAAAAAAUGAAGUUCUGUGGUUCCAGUAAGGAUUUAUGUGCACGUCUUCUUCAGUUCAAGUGCUGUAUGUUUGUUACCAUAUAGCGGUGUGCCCUGUGGCAUGCUCAGUCUGUCAUGGCGUAGCUUAUAAUCCCCAAACUGAAAGAUUUUUAAAUUUGGGGUUUGUUAAUCCCCAGGGAUUAGGCCAUUUAACCUUUUGUUAAGAUGUUUAUUAGGGUAGCUUUACAGUAUUAACACUAAAUUACAGUUUACAGUAUUUCUACAUUACAGCCAUAUGUGACAUCAAGCCAUUGAUUGUAUAAUUUUUUUUUGCUAGUUCAUUUUGGCUUGCCAUCCUUAUCUGGUCCUAGCCGGUGGACUGGUUUAGCUAUUCUUUGUCUCCCAAAGUGAGAAGACUGCCUGCUUGAGGAACAUCAAAGCUGCUCUAUUUUUUUUUUUUUUUUUCCAACUUGACAGGUGCUUGGCAAGCGGCUGUUUUAAACUAUUAGUCCACAGUAAAGGAAUUACACAAUUAGAAAGGGGGGAAAGCCUUUAAACUAAAAAUGCCACUAAAUAAAGUUAAUUCAGGUCUGUAUGUCAUGUACUGUUUGGUAUUUCAAAAACUAUCCUGAUUUAGGGUGCCGCAGCUCCUCCUCAGGGAUUACACUGCCAUUUCACUUGCACCUGACUUUUUCUCGCACUGUACCAUGAAGCUCAUCGGCAGAUCUCUGGCACCCAGACUCCCUUGUCAGCUCUCAUGGAAGCUGGGUGUUCGUUCACCUGAGAGAGUUCAUGGUGUAAUGAGUGAAAUUUCAGGAUCUUAAAAACUAAAUUUGGUAGAGAAAUCCACAAAGGAAGAGCUAGUCAUAAAUGUUUCUGCCCAACAUAACUUAACCCUGUAAUUUAGUUCUGUUUUAAAACCUCCUCCUUUUUUAAUUAUUUUAUUUUUAAAAGACUAUUUUAUUUGGGUUGGUGAAAAUGAUAAAAAGCUUACCGGGUAAUAUUUACUCUUAUUUGAGUAAUGAUUUUUUUACAUGGUUGGUGGAAGUUCACUGUUUCCUUCUCUGACUUGCAGAUCGCUGUACUCUGUGGCUUCUUAACUAAAGUUUACGCGGUAGAAGGAAACCGCAUUUGUGUCACACUUAAAACAGGCUUUCAUUGUCCCUUUUGCUAGUCAGUCUAAACAGAGCAUUUUGGUGUUGCAUAUACAGUACAAUUCGUUAUGUUCAAUUGGGUAGCAAGUCUGGCAUUAUUAGACUUCUAGAGCUAGCUUUUUCCUUUUUAAUUUUUAAUUGAGCAAAGUUAAUAGGCCCUUUUCAGGAAAGAGAGUUCCUACUGGGUUGCUUUUAAAGGUGAUGUUCCUUACAAAAUUGACCCUGCAAAGAUGGAUGGAAAUCCAUGUGAAUAUGUGCUUGUUUGGUCCUAUCGCACAUACUUGGUGAAUGUACUAUAUGCAACAUCUCUUAGCUUACAAAAAGUGGCUUCAGUGGAAGGCCACCUCCUGUAAAUUAAACCAAAAUAGCCUGAUUAAGGAACCCUACUGGAAAGAUCAAUAAAGAGACUUGCAGCUUAGGUAACUGACAGAAACCUACAGGAAAUGCCUUGGACUGGAAGAUUUUAUUUAGGCUUCUUAACUCUUUAUUUAAUUUACCUUCAUGUUCAGUGAGCAGUGUUGUCCCUACCUGUAUAAUUUGGAAGUGAUUUACUGGAAUUACAAAACCUAUUUUUUUUAUUUCAGCUUUUGCUCUGGCUGCUUUAGACAAUUUAAACAGGAAAGAUCGCACAAGAGGGCUAAAUGUGGAGUGGGGUUGGGGACUUGAUUUUUAAGCAGCUUGAAUGGUUUCUUUCAUUUUUUUAAGAAAUGCACUUGCCUAUGAUACUGUCUCUCCAGUGAAAUGACUGCUCCAUUACUCUAUUGAUACAAUAUUGUGCAUGCUAGUGUCGUAUUUCUAUACAGUAGCUUGAAAUUUAUUAACUUAUACUGUAGAUGUUAUGUAUUCCUAUGACAAAAUAGUCUUCAAAAAUUUUUUAAAGUUUUUUAAUUUAUUUUUUUUUUCUUUUGGGGGUAAAGUUUGCUCUACCAAAUAGUGAUCGUAACAAACUGAUCUGUUAUGGAUGUUGCUAUAGUGACAUGCAAUUAUAUAUGAUUUUGUUUAAAAAAAAAUUUAAAAAAAAAGGAAAAAAGCAAAAGAAAACACCAGUGUUAGCUUAAUCUUAAUGUCUGGUGUUCGUCAUGGUGAAAUUAUAACUAUUACAGUGUAGGAGAACAAUGACUAUGUUCUUUGAAUGAGCCUUUGUUUGUGCUUUUUGUCAUGUUAUGCAGUGAACUAUUUUUAAGGUCUAAUCAGUGAUUAUUUUUCCAACUCCGUGUUUCUGUAAGGAAUUAUUUCACACACGGACCAUUCUUAGCAGUUUUCCUCAGUGAUGGAAUAUCAUGAAUGUGAGUCAUUAUGUAGCCGUUGUACAUUGAGCAAAUAAACUUACAGAUCUGA